CAUAACGGCUGGAAAUAAUUUUACAAAGAAAUCUUGGCUCAACAUUUUUCAACAAAUAAUUGAUCGUUUACUAUUAUUGUAUUGCUUACGAACGCUAUUUGCUUUGGUGCUUCUAAUUAAUGCUUCAUCAUUAUCGUCACCUGUAAUUAAUACUAGUCUAAUUUAUGCAAAUGCAACAAUUUCAAAAGCAUCCGAAUCACUUAUAAUUAACAUUGGUCUAAUUUAUUCAAAUGCAACAAUUCCAAAAGCACCAGAUUUUUUGCAAGCUGGCAUAAAUGAUGUAAUUGAUGCACAAUCUUUGCACGAUUAUCAAUUUAGAUUGCUGCCAGUACCAUCAUUGGGUUGUUUCGGAGGUAAACAAAAGGGAAAUGAUGCAGCUAUUAUUGCUCAAAUGUAUCACGAAAAUGAUCUUCAAGUGCUUUUUGGACCAACUUGUGAUAGUGACUUGAAUAUCGUUGGAAGAUUAACAAAUGAAUGGAACAUUUUACAUUUCAGUUUUGGAAGUGAACAUUUUGACAAUUUUCACAAUUCUGCUGUACAGGUAGCAGUUGUGCUGUACACUCAGCUCUAUGAAUCGGGAUGGUUAUAUUCAACACUUCUUCGAAAUACUUUUCAAGUAUCGCAAAAUUUUACUGAACUUAAACGAUUUGAAUCGUUGAUUGAUAAGCUUAAAAGUAGUCAUUUCACAGGACCAUUUGGUUCAAUAUGGUUAAAUCAAUAUACAGUACGGUUGACACCAUUUCAAGUUAAAUAUGUUGAAGUAUUUGAAAAAGAACCAAUUAUCAUCGCUGAAUUGUUUCUGACCGAGAAAUGUGAGCUGACACGAGAAGAAAACGCUAAUAAACGUUGCAUUUCUUUGACCGGUAAAAUAAUAAAUUAUAAUACAACUGUAACAAAGAAUAUUCCGGUCGAUAUGCCUUCAUGCGGUUUCAAAGGCGAACUAUGCGAUUAUACGAGGGGUAUACUAAAAAUCGUACUGAUGAUUAUGGCAAUUGUUUUGGUGCUUUGUGUUUUUAUUGUUUAUCAAAAAUCGUAA